AUGCCUCCCUCAGCACCCCAAAAGUCUUACAUUACUCAGGAUCAUGUUAAACUUGUUGAUCCACUUCCUCAACCUGCUAUCAACCAAUCUACUGGCCUCACCUGUCCCAAGUGUCCUGCACAAUUGAAGUACGUGCAACCUUUUGUAAGAUCUAGGACACAAGCCCAAUUGGCCCAUCUGAUAGCGUGGCGGUGUCCAUCAAAAACCCACAAAUUAUAUUUUUGUAAUCUUACUCGGUCACUUCUUCUAGAGGACAUCAAAAAGUGUAACCUUCAUUCAAAUUCAUCUCGACCAGAUAUGAAUAUGAACAACCUCCUCAAUCCAACUGGCGGAACUCAACCAAGACAAAACCAGGCUUCAUCGACAUCAUGCCCUGGCCUCCCCAACAGUGAAAUUGGGCCAAAACACCGUGAGGGAAUUCCCAAAAACGUGAAAUGCACGUAUCAGCUAUGCUUAUCUUGUUGCAAUCAACUUCACAAAUCUCAUCCCGAAAGUCACUGUGUAAUUCCAGGUCAUCGUAGUGAUUUGACUCAGACCACAAGUUCAAAACCCCGACCCAAUGUGAUUGAAAACUUUGUCCCCUACAGAUCAGCCCAGCCAUUGCAGUCCUCUCAAGCAAAUCGUGAAAUCACAGCGCUUGCGUCAUCAUCCGUGUUAGAACAAAUUCAUCGCAAUCAAGUUGAUCAUAAAAUCAAAUCAAUCAGGAUGAGUGAAGCUGAAACCCGGGCAUCUCGUACAGUGAUUGUAGAGUUUUGGACCUCGGCAUCAAACCGAUUGAUCUCACAAUUUGAGGCCAAGAAUUGGCCCUUAUGCGCGUUGAGCGAGAGUCCAACUCUACAGUCUCAAGGCGAAUCCACCGGUCUGUCCACUUGGAAUACCAAGUUGUGGAUAUGGAUGGCCAAUUUGAAGUCCUGGGUGAAUACACCACUAGACUUCGUUGUUCAAUAUCCUAAACAACCUCGGAAGAUAGAUGAACCCUUAGAAACAUCCUUGAAAAACUGGCCUGGAGAUUCGAUGCUUCAAGAUGCACUGAAUUGGUACAACUCUGUCAGACCUACUCUAGAUCACAAAGCGGCAUGGAUCUCUCAGUUUGGAAAAGUAUGGCUGGCGGGAAAAACUUCAAUCUAUCGACACUACAAAUUUAUUGAAAUUGUUACACCAGCCAAGUUGGACGAGAUACUCAGAAAGCAACCGGCAACUUCAUUACGUCAAGCUCGUAAACUACACCCUAAGGAGUGGCAAGUUGCUCGAUCGGACAAUAAACACCAAGAUGAUGAAGAUUCAACAGGUCUGUCUUCUCGGCCUUUGAAGCGUUUCAAGACUGAGGUGCCCCAAGCUAGUCACAUCGAAUCAGACUCCGAGAUUGAAAUUGUUCAUUAA